GUAUGUCCCAGCCGAGAGGCCCAAACUGAUAUCACAACCUCGCUUUCAUCUUGUUUCACUGCCCUCAAAUCCACUCGCAACGCCUAGGAAAGAAAAGAGCAAACCACUGUACGGUCACAACACAUUCGCAAUGGCCUCACCGGCGCAAUCGCGACAGAAGCCGCUGGAUCAGGCGAAGCUGAAAGCUUUCGAGAAUGCGGCUGCUGGCCACGAUGGAGUGCUUUCAGACGAGUCCGGAGAGCUCAUCAUCAAGCCUUGCACAGAUGCCGAAGUUGCAUUCUACCAAGAGUCGCUGAACCAGCACCCGAAGUUCUAUGAGCUGAUGCCGACUUUCAUGGGCACUUUGACGCUUGGGGCGCCGGCAGCUGUUCCGGAUGUCACAGCUCCGCAUGAGCCGGAGCUCACUCAGGAAGAAAAGGACAAAGGUCUCUUGCAUGGUAAAGCGCUGGAUACGCAAACUGCGAUUGUACUCGAGAACCUCGAAGCGGGAUUCAAGAAGCCGAAUGUGCUGGAUUUGAAGCUUGGCGCUCUGUUGUACGAUCCGGAGAAGACGAAGCCGGAGAAGGGGGAACGUCUCGACAAAGUCGCCAGUGAGACGACAAGCGGUUCGCUAAAUUUCCGCAUUGCUGGCAUGAAAGUGUGGAAUGGCAAGGACUUUGACAUUUACGACAAGUUCUACGGACGACAGUUCAACAAGGACAACGUGAAAGAUGGCUUUGCGACGUUUUUCAGCGGUCUCUCAGCCGGUGUCAGCAAAGAUGAUGCCCGUCAACUACUCGAGACGAUUCUGGCCGAGAUCACGAAAGCGCGACACAGUCUGGAGCGGUCAGAAUCACGGAUGUACAGCGCCAGCAUCUUGAUUGUCUACGAAGGCGAUUCUGAUGCUCUCGACACACUCAUGGGCAAUCCUCCAAAGACUCCGCGCGUUGAUGAGAGAGCUCCUACCUCAUUUGAGCUGAAGAAGAGCGUCGAAGAUGAGGACGAGGAGGAAGAGGAACGACCAACCACACAUCGCGUGAAGAUGAUUGAUUUCGCUCAUGCUGCCUGGACACCGGGCAAAGGACCAGACACGAAUGUCAUCAAGGGCCUGAAGAACGUCGAGGACCAGAUGGAUGUACUUAUCGCGCGUUUCGAAGAGUAG